AUGUCCGCAUCACCACCGUCCCAUUUCGCCUCGCACAUGGCCAGACUGAAUCCUUUCGCGAAGAAGUCUGGCAAAUUCGAGUACGAGGACGCCGGUGAAGUCAUCGACGCCUCGAGUGUUGCCGGCGGUGGCCGUGGCUCUCGCGCAACCGACAUCACCAAGCACCAGCUCCGGGUCAGCCAUGCGCUCAAGGCGUUCCUGGUACAGCACCACGUCAUCUCGGAGAACGAUGCUGCGCUAGACAAACCAGACGAAGUCACCGAACCACUACGCGCGUUCCUCAGCAAGCCACACAUCAACGUCCCAUCCCAUAUAACGGAUCGGUCUUAUCCAUUGUCCGAAUACUUCAUCAGCUCCAGUCACAACACCUACCUGUUGGCUCAUCAGUUGUACGGCACUUCUUCGGCCGAUGCCUACAGGACCGCUCUCAAUACUGGAUCUCGCUGUGUGGAGAUCGAUGCUUGGGACAAUGAAGAAAACAAAGACGAACCCAAGGUCACGCACGGCUACACGCUCGUCUCGAGCAUCCCCUUCCGCGCGGUGUGUGAAACAAUCCGCGAUGUCAUCGACCAGGAAGCUGCUCAGUCUGUCUCCCAGCCAGGGUACCGAGCAGCUCCAAUUCUGCUGUCUCUGGAGAACCAUUGCGAUGCACGCGGUCAACUGCGUCUUGUCGAGAUCAUGAGAGAGGUCUGGGGUGACCGGCUGUUGAGCAAGGCCGUCAGGGAGAAAGGGCACGACGAGCAGCACGGCGCCGGCGACCAAGUGACUCUCGAGGACCUGGGGUCGAAGAUAGUCCUGAUUGUCGAAUACCAUUUCCCCAAUGAAUCACAGAGCGAAGAGGAGAAUUCCAACUCCGACGAGGAGGAUGCAGAAACGAAACAGGCCCGGAAGGCGUACAACGAGAAGAAGAAGACGGCGACCAGUGUCAUCAUCCCUGAGCUGGCCGAGCUCGGUGUCUACGCUCAAUCGGUGAAACCACGCGACAAUUCGUGGUAUGGCGACGCUGGACUCAAGGACGGGCCCCAUCACCACCUCAUCAAUGUCUCAGAAACCGGCCUCAAGGCCUACAUGCCGGUCGAGAACGACAAAAUCGCCCGCCACAACGCGCGACAUCUGAUGCGGGUUUAUCCCAAGGGCACGCGGAUAUCGUCCCGCAACCUCAAGCCGGUGCAGUUCUGGGGCAUUGGCGCCCAAGUCUGUGCCCUCAACUGGCAGACGUUCGGGGCCAGCAUCCAGCUGAACGAGGCGCUGUUCAGUGGUACGGAUGGUUAUGUUUUGAAGCCAGCGGCCCUCCGAUCAGGCGGAUCUGGCCGACUCAACACCGGGAAGAGGAAGAUCCUCCGUCUCCACGUCGCCGGAGCCACCGAUGUGCCUGUCCCUGAAGGCCGUGAAGUUGACGACAUCAAGCCAUACUUGACCUGCAAACUCUACCACCCGGACUUUGAAGACGAUGACGCUCCGAAGCGGAAGACGGCACACUACAGACAACACAAGCUCGGGCUGAUGCAUCGAGGCGAGAACCCUCCCGCCACGCAUCCCUUUUGGGACGAGGUGCUGCUGUGGGAAUACGAAGACAACGAGCUGGUGUUUCUGCGGAUGCUCAUCAAGAGCGACGACAGUUUCGCCAUCAACCCGGUCUUUGCCGUUGCGGCUGUGAGGUUGCUCUACGUAGCCCCGGGCUGGAACUUUAUCCGCAUGCUGGACUUGAAGGGCAGGGAGACGACCUGUUCGAUUCUCGUCAAGUUCGAGAUCGAGGAUGCAGUAUGA